CAGAUUGUUUAAUUUCGUAACUCUAUUUCGCGAAUGACUGGUAAUACAAAACUACAUACCAUCAAUGAGACGGUUUUUUUUAUGUUACUUUUGCUUAUUGCUUAUCUGAAUUUCAUUCUUUUGAGUGUACUGGAAGCGUCCAAAGAGAGCGUCAGUUGCCUAAUCUUGGCCGGGGGUUCGAGGGAGGAGGAGUGACUCUCCGUGCAUUCUCUGAAAUGGUGAAUGCAGGCUGGUAGUCGCUUUUUCAUUUGCAAAUGUAUAGUGUCAAACAUGUUUUAUAAGUUUAUGAUCCUGGCGAUCGUCAGUUUAACGGAAAAUGCUCUUUGUCGCUGCCGCAAUCAACUUUUCAGGGCCAAACAGUGCACUGAAGUCGAGUUUAACAACCUUGUGACGUCACUGGCUGCAUACACGAGAGAAAGCGCGUUACCACGCGCAUUGCGAAUUUUUUUUUUCAUGGAUCGAGGAUGAAAAUGCGUAUAAUGGCGCCUGGGCUGUCCAUCUGAGUCACCAGAUUCGCUACUUCUAGGCCCACCUGAUAUUUCUAGAGCUGGGAGUGAUCUAAAGCUAACUUGACGGGGAUUGUUUUAGAAAUAAGACCUAUAUGAGGGUUUAACUCUCCCACCCAAUAUAUUUUCUUGGGAUGCGAGAACUGUGGUUGGAAUAAUAAUGCUCGCGAACCACUGUGGCGAAAUGCCUGGUAGUCUUUCCAAAUUAAUUUAUAUCAAGUUUUCGAGAAUAAGAAAUGUUUCAUAGAUUUUAUUAAAUGUGUAGUCUGAUAUUUUGUUUUUCUAUUACAGCUACGUGGAAUCAAUUUGACGGAGUGGCGUACGUGUAUGGCGAGAAAGGCAUGCUUUCUAGAAUGUGGGAUUCAGUCUUCUCCAGGGAUAAGACGGUUGAUUAUCGUACAAAGGCGUUGCUGUGUUUCCUGCCAAAAUGGAAGGGCUUUGUUGUGAACAAGACAACUGAAAAUAUGAAAGCAACUGACGCGUUGGUGAAACUUGACAAUGUUGUGAAAUGCCUGUCUAACGUUUGGAUAGAAGAAAAAGGGUACCAUCGGAAAGUGCAACCCAUCAAUUUUGAUGUCCCAGAGGCAUUAACUGACCUUUUGAGACCAAAGAUGGAGAAGAACAUUACACUCUUAGCUGAAAGUGAAGUGGGAUCAACUGAACACGUGUCUGCUGUAGUUUCUUCGCUUGUCAUCAUAGUGCUGGUGAAAAAGUACUCGAUAGAAUUAAAAAGAGAUGAGGUAAAGUCAUUGCUGAGCUGCUUAUCACUUGAAGCUGAUCCAAAUGAGAGGAGAUGUUCUGCUUAUGAAGCGGUACUAGCCGAAUUUAGCCCCGGGUUAAGAGAUUUCGCCGUGAGUGCAAUUGAAAGCCUUUGUAAAGAAUUAAUGCAGCACGCUUGGACUUCCAAUCCUGAAUGGCUCUUGGCUGUACCACUUUUACAUUUGUUACGAGGCGACUCGAAACCCUUUGAAGAGCCUAAAUUGGAAGGAUCUCCUGAACGCCUGACCUGGUGGGGAGCCCAGAAGCUCAAAAUAAGAGAGUUUCAACGAUCUAAGAAACAGGAUUUUUCGAGUGUGUGGCCUCGUCUGGCGUCAGCCUUUGAAGUUGACCGCUUGUUGAAAAGAACUUUUCUACAUGCUAUUCCUGUUUGGAAGCUACACGGCAUCGUUUCAGCAAGAAUGAACAUCCACAUCUCAGAUGUAUGCGUCGCGUUGGCCGAAUUCUUUCCUCGUGGAGUUAUGAACAAGGAAGAGAAAAAUGGUAUCGAGAACUGUCUUCAAGCCAUGAUCAACGUGUUGCACUCUGGGAAUGAAACAAACAGCUCCAAAGCAGAGGUUGCUGAAUUUACCGUUUCUGCAAGUUUGAAGGUGACUGAGGUUUGUCUGGAGAAUCUUACUGUCCGAGAUGAUAUUGAUCUCAUCUGUCUCGCAAUCAAACUACUAUUUUCAAGCAUCCAACAGUGGCAAAACGAUGCAAUAGACAGUCAAACAGACGACGAGGGAAACAAGACUGAUGGAAGAGACUACCUGAAGGAAAAAUACAUAUGUAGACUUUCGGGAAAUGUCGUGAGCAAGCUCAAACGAGCACUAUCUCCAGAUAUGCCAGAAUAUUACCGUAGCAAUUUCCUUUCAAGGGAACUUGAGCUCUGGAGUGUGUUUCUUAAAGUCUCGGAUGGCACUCAUGGAUUUGAAGAGUACCGAAGAUAUCUAACAGAACAAUUUGUGAAACGAGCAAAAAGGGUAAAACAAACCUGCCUCGUGGAGAUAUUUUGUGAACUUAACCUGGAGGUAUACGACAGAGCCAUUGGAGAAUCCAUCAGCAAACUUGCGUUUGAAGCCGUGGAAAAGAUAAUACAGUCAGGACAGGGUGCAGACGCUGACCGUGCUUUCACGUCUUUACGAAGUUCUAGUUCUCGAGGUGACGCAGGAGCAGUAAAGUACGGGGAACUUUUGUCAAUGUUGCUUACAAAAUCGUGGCCAAAACCGUCUCAGUUGCAGAACAGGUUCGGCUUGGACCCUUGCACAGUGGAGUUUCUUCUCACCUGGAACCCGAUGGCUGGAUAUUUCCAGUUCUUUGGGGAUGAGUCUGGAAGAGGAAGAAUUUUAACAGAUGAUGGUCGGGAAACGCUGUCAAUGGCUCAGUCAGUAUUGACGGCUCUUGUUGCAAGCAUAUCAAAUGCAUCAGUGACCGUUGAAAUCUUAGUUCUUUUACAGAAAUACAGAGAUAAAUUCUUGGAACUAUUAUUGAAGACAACUUGCCCUUCUGCCAAAGAUGGAACUGAGGCGAACACGAGACAAGAAGGUGAAAAAAUCCUAGAUGAGCGAAUUGGAGAAAUUGAGGAAUUCCAAGCUGUAAAAGAAAAAGUGUUUUCCUUCGUGAACAUGUGUGAUUUGAUUGGGCCAGUCAAUAUUGCCAGUGUUAAGGAAAAAUCGCAUCAAGAUGUCUCCCGUUACCAAAUACGUGAGUUGUGCGAGCGUAAAGAUGACAAGCAAAUUGAGGUCACGUUUUUUAAACUACCCUCGGUGGCUAAAGAAGUUAUUUCGCCACUUCAUCACGUGCAAAAAAGUUCCACUUUCCAAGAGCUUUGGAAACAGUAUGGAAAGAAAGCGCAAGCAGCCAGAAAGAAUGACGAGGCAAAGAAACCAUACCUUAGCGUCUCCGAAGUCGUUGAAAAUAUCUGGAAACGAGCUUUCCAAGAUUGGAACCUGCAUGCGGCUAAUGCCAUGGACGGAAGUUUAACCCUCGAAAAUGUCGACAAGCUCUUUGGUACUUACAACAAUCGGAAAAAAGAGCUUGGACAAGAACUGUUGUGCAUGUUUGAACUGAGCCAAGCUCAACCAGUGAGUAGAACAAAGAAGCUGCAGACAACAGCGACUGAAUGCGCCAAUCAAAUACAGCGAUACCAGCAACUUGGUCAGUAUGCAAGUGCCGCAGACACAAUCUGGGAAUUUAAGGAGGCAAUGGGCUUCACAGGUGACUUCAAAGUUAUCGAGGAUCUGCGUAAUCAGUUGUCAAAAGAGUUCAAACAAAAGCCCCUAAACAGCAUUGGAAAAAAGUUUUCUGAGGCUGGUCGUGCACUUGAGUGUUUGGAUAUGAAGAAAGCAAAGUGCUUCAGGGCAGUGGUAGAGAGCAGAGGACUGGUGGAGUGGCUACGUGCUACCAUCAAAUCAACUCAAGAGCUUAAGGUUCUUGUUGACUUGGCCUUGAUCUCAGCGGGUGAAAGCGACAUGGAAACUGACCGCAUUUCCAGUCUACAUACCAGCUGCCUAGGUUUCGCUCCUUUGAUCUUUGACCUNAUCAACUCCAGUGGUGUGUACGUUGUAGGUCACGUGGACACCAAGAGUUGUUCGCAAACAGAGGAAAGAAGACGGUUGUCAUUUAAUGAUGUGAUCCGACUCACAGUUCCUACGAAAGAUGGAAGUGAAAAAGUGCAGAGCAAAACGUACACUGUUGAUGAAUUGAAAGAUUUGCAAAGUAAAUUGAUGCUGAUUGCUGGGAAGGCUGAAAAGGGAAAGGAUGAGGUUGAACAAUUUGUAAAGAACCUUGAGGGCGUCAUGCGUUUAGCCACGGCUUACGUUAACCUCUCCGAAUCUGGUUUUGUUCAUCGGUUGCAUUGGAAUAAACAAUUUCACUGUAGUAAAGAUCAGCUCGAAGGCGAAUCCAUAGCAAAUGAGCUGGCAGCUGAAAGUAAUUCCAUGGAGAAAUGUUACUUAAACUGGAAGAAGACGGUCAGUGAUGCACGGAAGGAGUAUCGGGAGUUGAAUUUCUUCACCACUCAGCAGUUGAUGCUACUAAGGAAGGAAAUAGCCACAGUUUGCCACAGCGAAGACCUUCUUGUAAGCAACCUUCAGGUUCUUACUUUGCUUGAAAGUGUUCCCUGCAUACCAACGAAUCUACAUACCGACACACCACUAACAACAAUCAACAUCGAGUUGUUAUGGAGACGAGCCACAGGCGACCUUGAGGGACGAUUCUACUGCCUUGUUCAUGCUGAUCUCUUAGACUUCUCUGUCAGCAAACAGGCAGUGGACUUGCUUGGCGUAGUGACACAGGGGCUCGCGGGAAAGACUGGAGAACACUAUGGCCUGGUGGUAAUCUGUAGUAGUGAGAAUGAGGACCGUGCCACCAUAGUGGCAGCCCUUGAUCAGUAUCGGGUUGCUGCUCCACCUUGCCCUUCGCCAAAUGAUCUUAAGAGCUACCUGAAAGAUCAGUUCCGCUCUCCUCCCGCACAGUAUGGCUACAUCAACAGUAGUAAGAUUACUUGGACUACAGCGGGAUCCUUAGAUCCUGGAAAGCUUUGUGUCCGAGUUGUCUCAUCUAAACGAGGGGGUUUGGGAAAGACUUUGUUUGUUCGUCGUCUAACAGACCAGCUACCUAACCUUGUAAACAACGACAUGGUUUUGACAAACGAGCGCAUGCAUGACUCCAACGUAGCCUUGCAUGUCACGGUUCCACUUCACGGGAACUCCACGGACUCUUCAAUGCUUGUAGAUUCACUCUUGCCGCAUGCCGUCAGGGCCAAUGUACCAUUGUCACGUGUAUUACAUUUGGAUGUAUCACCUUCGAUGAGACGUGGAUUGGACAGCCUUCUGUUUAACUUACUUGUCCUUGGCUACCUUUGCGACAAGAUGGGACGAGUGUGGAGGAGGCGAAGCACUGACUUGUACGUCAUUGAGAUCACGACAUCUGCUCCACUGCCCAUGGGCUUCACAAGAGAAGAGGAAGUUGAAAUGCAAGGGCGCCAUCCUGGGAAAUCUAUUAUGUGUAAGCAACCAUUCUACGAUCUGUUACCUACCAUCGAGUGCCACACUCCAAGAACUGUUCAAUGCCGUUUAGCGGUAAAUCCAGAUCCAAAUGACUUCAAUCCUUUGCUUGAUGUCAAAGAAUUCCGAAACGCACCGUUCCAGAGGGUUUAUCAGUAUCUCAAACUUUCAAGUCAAGGAAAAAGUCUGGAUAACUUCACUUUUAUGCCCGGAAAUAUAGAUGAAGACCAGAGAACAUGCCUCAUGUUAUUGCUGAGAAAUUGCGGCAUACCCGAUCCUUCCUGGUCGGAAAUUCGUCAUUUUGUGAGUUUCCUGAACUCGCAGCUCCGAGAUUGUGAACAGAGUAUUUUCUGUGACAUGACACUGAUGGGUGCUGUCCUAGCAGGACCUAAUGUACUGAAUCUGGAAGGCUUCCGGUCAUUCGUCGCGCGUUUUAUGAUACAAAUGUCUAGGGAUUUUGCCACUCCGUCUCUAACAGAGGAAAACACCGUAUUUUUUACGGACGAUAACGCGGAGCUUGAGCGAAGAGAGAUCGAGCAAUUUCAGCUGAGAAGAAAGUGGGAGAGCAGUCCUCAUCCAUACCUGUUCUUCAAUCAAGACCACAUCACUAUGACUUUUCUUGGUUUCUAUAUCAAUACCACUGGCGACCUCGUUGACCCUCGAACAGGGCAAAUCUUGGAGAAAGGUCUGAUGUCUAAACCGCUGCGUAAUGGAUUGCAAGCCCAACGAGUUGAUUUCACAACAAACACGGAGAAUUUGACAAAGGAGGAGAAGAUAGGGCGGUUGUGUUCUGUUAUGGGUGUUCAGUGGUUGCACGAUCCAGACCGAGCCUAUGAACUGACUACAGACAAUGUUAAGAAGAUUCUGGCCAUUCACAUGAGAUUUAGGUGCAAUAUUCCUGUUAUCGUGAUGGGAGAGACUGGCUGUGGUAAGACUCGUUUAAUCCGGUACAUGUGCGGCUUACAAGCAGGUCAUGGCGGUCCACGAAACAUGCUUCUCGUGAAGGUUCAUGGCGGUACGACUUACGAAGAUAUCAAGCUGAAAGUUAAUCAGGCGGAAGAAAUGGCUCUUAAAAACCAAGGCAAAAACAUUGACACGGUUCUGUUCUUUGAUGAGGCCAACACCACUGAGGCACUGAGCAUGAUCAAGGAGGUCAUGGUUGACCGCAGAAUCAAUGGAAGACCUAUUGGACAGGGUCUGGAAAGACUGCAAUUUAUCGCUGCCUGUAAUCCUUACAGAAGGCAUACGGACGACAUGAUUCAUAAGCUGGAGUCAGCAGGUCUCGGAUACCACGUGAAAACAGAUGAGUCAGAAGAUCGUCUUGGGCAUAUCCCUUUACGUCAUCUCGUGUACCGUGUUCACGCCCUGCCAGGAAGCAUGCGCCCUUUGAUAUGGGAUUUUGGUCAGCUGAAACCCGAGGUGGAGAGACUUUACACCAAUCAAAUUGUCAGCCGCUAUAUUCUUCAUGAACGUCAAAUACCUGGGGAUGCGUCAACGGUGCAGGGAGUCGCGGACGUUUUAGCAGCUUCACAGAAAUACAUGAGGGAUCAGUCGGAUGAGUGUAGCUUUGUGAGCCUUCGUGAUGUUGAGAGAGCUAUGCAAGUGAUGGUUUGGUUCUAUAACCACGUGGACACACUUGGCAGACUGAUGAACAAAGUUCGCACUGAACAACGAAGGGAGGAAGGUCGUGACGAUGAUGAAGAUGAUGACGACGAUGACGACGAGCCGAUCACUCCCAUUACUCGUGCCUUGGUAUUGGCCAUUGGUGUAUGCUACCACGCAAAGUUGCAGGAACGUCGUGAGGAAUAUCGUACUGAAGUGGCACGAAGCUUCAAAGCGCCAUGUUUGCUUCCUGGCGGACAACAACAGAUCCUUCGUGAAAUUUCAAGCUGUCAGAGAGCCGUGCUAAAGGAGUUGAAACUUGGCCCGAACAUUGCAAGAAACACCGCCUUGAGUGAGAACGUGUUCAUGAUGGUGGUCUGUAUUGAGCUCAGGAUCCCACUGUUUGUGGUUGGUAAACCGGGCAGCUCCAAAUCACUGGCCAAGACUGUUGUAGCCGACAAUAUGCAGGGAGAUGCUGCAAGAUCGGAGCUCUUCAAGACCUUCAAGCAGGUCCACAUGGCGUCGUAUCAGUGCAGUCCUCUUUCAACCCCAGAGGGUAUCGUGGCGACCUUCCGUCAGUGUAGCAAAUUACAGGAGGGUAAAAAUCCAAAGAAGUUUGUAUCAGUCGUCGUCCUUGACGAGGUUGGGCUGGCGGAGGACUCUCCUCUUAUGCCUUUGAAAACCCUACAUCCCCUUCUUGAGGAUGGUGUUACCUCCGCUGAUGACGUCAUUGAGACGGAUGAAAAAGCUCAGCGUGUAGCUUUCAUUGGGAUCUCAAAUUGGGCCCUAGACCCGGCUAAAAUGAACCGCGGCAUCAUGUUAUCGCGUGGUGUGCCACACGUAAGAGAACUGGUAGACAGUGCAUUGGGAAUUUGCUCAACACACGAGCAGGUGAAACAUCUUAUUCAGUCUCUGCUACCGCCACUGGCCGAGGGAUAUGCAGAACUUUACAAGGAACAGAAAAAUUUUGCGACGUUGAAGAAAUGUGGCAAAGAAGAAUUUUUCGGUCUUCGUGACUUUUACAGCCUUAUCAAGAUGGUGUACUCUAUUGCUGCGAAAUCUGGCGAAAGACCUCGUUGGCAGCAACUGGAACAUGCUAUCAAGAGGAACUUUGGUGGCCUAGUUGAAGGAGAGCCUGUAGAGAUAUUCAAACGCUACUGUCAGGGAACAGAUGAGGAAGAUUUUGCAGAAACCUCUACAACAAUAAGAUUAAUCGAGGCAAGUCUUGGAAGGGAAGAUGUGGCAGACCGUACCAAUUUCAGUGAGAACCGUUACCUUUUGAUACUAACGGAAAAUUACGCCGCACUGCCGAUCAUGCAACAACAUCUCUUGAGGACGGCAGAUGAUGCAGUGGUUAUCUUUGGAAGCAGUUUUCCUAAUGACCAGGAAUACACUCAGAUUUGUCGCAACAUCAACCGUAUCAAGGUUUGCAUGGAGACAGGACGAACGGUGAUUUUGUUAAACCUCGAAAGUCUCUACGAAAGUCUGUACGACGCGCUCAAUCAGUAUUACGUGUACUUUGGAGGACAGAAGUACGUGGAUCUUGGACUCGGUACUCACCGCGUUAAAUGUCGUGUCCAUGAUGACUUCAAGUUAAUAGUAAUCGCUGAAAAGGACGUAGUUUACAACAAGUUUCCUAUUCCGCUGAUCAACCGUCUGGAGAAGCACUACCUCGUGACUUUAACAAGUUUGACUCCAUAUCAGAUGGAACUGGUAGAUAAACUGAAAACCUGGGUCAGUGACUUUUCAGAGGUUACGAGGGAAAACAAGCGUAACAGGGAUUUCUCCGAUGGGGACGCUUUUGUUGGCUAUCACGAGGACACCAUUCCCUCCAUCGUGAUGCAAGUCUGCAAUGACAUGGAAGAAGACCAUGAUUUGCUUGAUGAAACCACAGAGGAUACAUUGGAAAUGAAAGUGCUUCGAGGUUGUCAAAAGCUGCUUCUGGAGAUGGCUGCACCUGAUGCAAUCGCCCGUCUUCCAGCCACUCCCUUGGAUGGAAGAGCUCGCAAUAUCUGGGACAUUUACUUUCGCGAGCAGCAACAUUCUAGUCUAGCGGCCUUCAUGAGGCAUGUGCUCACUUUGGAUGAUGCCCACAUUGAUAAGAAACAUCGAGAAGGGCUCUUAAUCCAAAUUACCACUCAUUCUCGUCUGCUCUCUAACCACGAUCUGUCUGACAUAUGUAACCGAAGUGAUUUCCAUCGUUCGACUGUCGAUCUCAUGACACUUCAACAGUUCCAGACGGAGCAACAGUUUCGAGGAUCAGUAAGAGCCUUUUUUGAACGCCUUGGAGGAGACUGUCCUGGCAUUCUCCUGGUUCAGUGUGACUCAGGAGAUGACAACUUCAACCUGAUUGCCGGUGCAAGGCAUAUUCUGCUGGAGGAACGGACUAACGCGCCAGAAAUGCUCAAUCUGCCAUCAAUCGAAGCAGUUCACGUUGUCUUGGUCAUACAGCUGCCGAGAAUGGUCGGUGGGUGCCGUAACUUUGUCGGUUUCCAGGGUGGAAAGUGGAUGUCUAGUCACAUUGAUGAACUCCGCCCACCCGACAGGCACACUCCUUCUAUCGAGCAACUUAUUGAUCGUCCAAUCAGCGAGCUGUUCAGAAGCGGAAGUAAAGAUCAAGAAGAAAGGGAUGAGGUCACGCAGGCCUUGGCUGUGAAGCUCCUGCGAAACUGCGUACAAGCAGCAGCGUGCAGAGUUGAUAACGAAAUGGAAUCAACUGAACGAUCAACUCAGCGAAUUGAGCUUCUUUUGGAUUUGCUACCUGACGAGUCUCAAGGUGCUGGAGCUGACGAGACAUUUGCUAGCGUUGUGACACAAAGAACGUUUCACCUACUGAAAGAAAGAGAAAAAAUAGCAUACAAUGCACACGAGUGGCUGCACGCAGAGGCUCUAUCCGGGACAGGUGUGCAAGAAUGGGGCACCUUCAGAAAGGCUCUUUGGAAAAGAGUGUACUCUGCUGUGGUACCCAUUCUGGCUGAGAUCAUCGCGUUGGCAGACAGGGACAGCAAUCUGGACUUGAUGAGAAAUGACGACACUUGGAUUUCUAAGCUGUGGUUGAAGAUAAUGGCUGACCCCAAAAUUUCAGAGCUAAGUUAUAGUAAGAUGAUUUCGCCAGUUACUAAUUCGGUUCGUGAGCGUGUGCAAGUCCUUGGCUCUGGCGCUGGCGGUCACAAGUUCUUUUGCCGAUUUCCAUUUUCUUUCCUUAUCAAGCAAGGCGUGGAACAGUCGUUGAAAGAUGCGUUUGGCGUUUCAGCCCAGUCCAGUGCUACUUUGGUGGAAUCUUUACGUGGUUUGAUCGAUAAUUCCGAAAUUGGGUCUCUUCUUGGGGAUCUGCGUCAUCAACCCUUCUCAGCACAAGCGUACCUAAUGGAUUUCGUUCACAUGGUUUACAAGCCUUCAAGUGAUAUGGAAUACGAGCUUGUUUACGAAGCCAUUCUUUCAUCAGCGAGGGAAUUGGGUACUCUGGAAGAUGAAGAGGGUAAUGAGGUGAUUGACAUACCACUCGUUCAUGUGGCACACAGUAGGGUUCAGUUGCGCUUAACGUGUUUUGCCCAACUUGUUCAAGUCCAUCCUGGUCUUGUGCCAAGACUGAGAGAAAUUCCCCGAGAGAAGGAAUCUGAAGUGAUCCUGGACGUUGUUGCAUUGCAAGUUUGCCUUGAAGCUCUUAGCCCAUCCGCUGAAAUUUUGCUGAAGCCGGAAUCCAGGCGAGCUUGGUGUGACAAAGUAUUGUCCAUCAGACCAGCGGUGGAAGACAUGAUGAGAAAAGAAAGGUUUGGACCCGUUACAGAGAUGAGCUCAAACUACGGAGAGAAAUCCACAGUAUUGCUUGGUCAAUGCAGAUCCAUGUGGCAACGAGAAGGAGCUGUCAGACUGUUUGUAGAACACGUGACCUUGUUUGACGAGCAAGAUGAGAGUGUGGUCAGACUAUGGAAGGCUUUGGGAGAUGAAACUGACUUUUCAUCGCUGAGAUCUCUGCAGACUGUUGAGAAAUUUCUAAUCAGCCUCAGUGAAGAAUUCCAAAUGAGGGCCGAUGAAAGUACCACUUCCGAGUUUCGACGCCGCUGCAACGCCUUUUUUAUGGAGCUAGUGUCCAUAUUUUGUUUUGGUGACUCAGCAUCUAAAGACUUGGAACAAGAAGCUAUUUCCCUUCUUAUGCGUUAUGUUAUCGGCCGCCAGUCAACUCAAACAAAAGAUUUCUCGCCGUUUCCCGACUAUGGUAUCGACCCCACCCCUGUGGUGCGUUCUUUUCUCCUCCAGCAGCUCCUCCGUUCGAGCACAAAGGUGGUGAAAGAGCAUUUGGAAAUUUUCUUGCAAGAGGCUCAAGGCUUGAAUCCAGAACCCCAGCACAUUAAAGAGGUCUGCUUUUUGUACGUGCAAUGCAUGGAGGACAUUCUAAUAAGCCGGUACCAAUCCAAAGUGGCCGAUUCGAAGUUGACAGUAAAACUCAAAUAUGCCAAAAAGAUUUGCGAUGAGGCAUUUAAAGCUCUCACAGGCAAUGAAGAAGGUUCGUUUGAGAUAGACGCAAACGCACUGGAAGGUGUCGCAAAAGGACGUUACGUCCUAUCACUCGUAGCAGACUUCCUUUACAAGUGGUUUAUUGAAGGAGAUAGUAGCUAUACUAAAGACCUUGAUGUUGAGAGAGAAGCUGGCUGCCUACUUGGUUCUGCUAGAAAGCUUUGCAUGGAAGGAUCAAGCACCACGCCCCAGCUCUACCUUCUUAAACAACUUGUCAGACGGCAUGGUUUUGACUGCGUUCGGACAAUGGGUGGCUAUAAGGAACUAGAGUGGAUUCUGCCACCAGAAGCUCGACAGCAGGAGGAUGAUGUCAUUCAAGACAGGUUUAUUGUUCACGAGAAGCACUAUCGGGUACUUCGUGAAGGACUAGCAAAAACUGUCAUCAGUGGAAAUAUCCAAGACUUUGUUACUGUUAUCACGGAAACCGAAGAACAAGGUGUCAACAUAGACAUACUCCUUCUCUUAGCAUUGUACCGUGAAAUAACUUUGGCAAAUGCUUCCCUAGUUCAAAGUCCAAAGUCUGAAGAGGUCAAGGAAAAGCUGGAUGAUUUCAUCAAAGACGGAGAACGUGUUUCUUUAACGGCUCAACCUUUUGCCAGACAACUUCUAGAAAAUAGCCAAGGAGGCCAACUUAGGGAACUUCAAGUUUUUCGUGGAAAGAGCCCACAGGAACACACCUUAGCUGAAAUUGUCAUCCACACGUCAGCAGCCUUACAGUGUGUUGGUUCAGGUUCAUUGGCUCAGCCUCUUUAUACGCUAAUGACAAAUCCAUCCACGAUGCAUAGUUCAUUCCUUCCAACCAUGGCCGAGGACAGCUUUCUUGAGUGCAUCAAUGUCAUUGCUGAAACUAUGAAAGGAACUGGUUGGGUCGGAGAGUGGUAUGAGUGCGGAAAUUGCAGACAUCCGUAUUUUAUUGGGGAGUGUCAACAGCCGAUGCAGAAGGGCACGUGUCCCGACUGCGGAAAGGUAAUGGGAGGAGAGCAGCACAAGUUCCUAGGAGAGUACAAGGUUUCUGACAGAAAAGACAGAACGAAGACCGGCCACGCGCUGGGAGAUGCUGGUUCGAGACCUACUUGUGCUGAGCCGCAGAGAAAGAUGUCACCGAUAGUGUGCGGUCUCCUGCGAAUUAUCAUGCACUCGGCCAUGGUCAUGGGAGCAUGCAGAGAUGCUCCGGUAAGUAGUUUGACAUGAGGGGACUUUUUUUCUCUGAUGCUAAGAUUGAGUUUGGCGAAGGUUGGUUAUCGAGGUGUUUUGAUGUUUUUGGUUUCAAAAAGUGUGGUUGAAACUACAAAGUCAAGUAACACAUCAUCAUCGUCCUCAUAAGCCAAAUCCUAAGGUACAAAAUUUAAGAGUUUCGUAGCUCAGCAAAAUCAGCAUCUUUAUGCCAAGGGUUGUUUUAGAACCGAUGUCUUUAAAUUCUCAUUUUUUGAUCGCGUUGACGGUGGAUUUAUGAAACGGCCUGCCUGUAGCUAUUGGGACAAUUGGUCAAUUAUCAUUAUUGAAUAA